AUGAACAUACCGGACAUCUCUACCCUCACUCUCAGGGACACUGGGCCACCAACCUCGGGAAAUAUCCCGCCCUCAGUCCCUGACGACAUCAUGCACGCGACGGAUGACCGGUCCAUGGUCAAGCUCAGGAACUACGCCAAGUCAAUCCCCUAUUCUAUCGAGCCUAAUUCCAAGAUGCAAGCAAUGCUUGACUUCAUCCUUCUGCGGCUCGCGCAGUGUGUGGAAGCGAAGGAUUACGAUCCAGGCUUGCUCCAGUGGGAUAGUAUGUUAACAUACUGGUGCAUGCUCAAGUACCCCAUUCCGAAGGAAAAGCGCGUUGCGCUGAUAAAGAUAUAUUACCACGUGUGCACAACCCCUGGAAUGCCUAAUCAUAUAGUCGCCGCCAGCUCGGACGCAUUGCAAGUGUUGUCCCGGUCGAAGAAGAAGCUCUCCAUAGAUGAUUUAAGACUUCCAUGGCAGCCAGUAUACAGGAUCCUCAGCAAGGACCUGUUCCUCACCAGGCGUCACCAGACCUCCUGGUACAUGGGCUAUGUUGCAGAGACUGUUCGCCGAUUUUUUCAUCCUGCCGCCAUUAACGAAAUGCUGUCCACCUUCCUUCCCCCCAUGAAUUGCAUCAGCUUGAAUAGUCUCCUAGCAUCGCAGUACUACCUGCUGACCUUCCUCCCACACUCUCACCCACAAUCCUACCUCCCUAUGCUCUUUCGAAUUUGGGAGUCGGUCAAUUCAUACAUGUUCGACGACCGCAUGUUGCAGUUCCUCGCCCGACUCGCGGAAAUACACGUCGACCCCAGCGUGAGUGACCCUCAAAGAAACCAGGAUAUUCCAGACGACGCCCGCUCCGAGGGAGAGGGCCGUCCGAACUGGUCCAAGGAGGACCUUGAGGCUAAAUGGAAGUGGUCUGGGUUGUUCGAUGAAGUCGGGAUCUUCUCUGAGGCGGAAUGGGGAUUCAUUAUGGCCAAGUGUAUGUCAUCGAUGGAAAUUCCACUCGCCGACCAAGGCUCUUUGACGACAGGCCCAAAUGCGGACGGGCAGGCGUCGUUUGAAGUCAACCGUUUGCCAAAGCCAAGCUGGCGUAUUCCGUCCUUGGCGCGCAUCAUCGUAUAUUCCAUGGCUCCCGACGGCUUACCAAGUCCGUCCUCGAGCGCACCAACGCCGUUCUUCACGCCACUGGCGUCUGGCGCUAGCACUCCUUUGCCGCAGCAGAACGGUGGUCUCGCUGACUAUCUUUCCGCGCCGCUGGGUAAGGGUGGCCACUUGAAGGCCAAGACAUACCUUGCUGGCUGCAAAGCGCUGGAUGCGCUUGCUAGACUCAUUGCAUCGACCGAAAGUUUCUUUCACCCGACGAAUUCCGGAAGCUGGACGUCCGAUCUGAGCGCGUUCAUCAAGUACAUUGUCUACGAUUUCAAUAAACGGUGGUACGAGGAGCAGCGGCCUGAUUGCAAGACGCCGACGCACCGCCGCCUCACGCGAGAGAUUCGUCGCGAACUCGUCAAGUGCCUCCGGACGGUGACUUUGCUGGCAAUGUUCUCCCAGGACAAUACCACUGUGUCCAACAUCCAGAGCUGCUUGAAAUCGAUGAGCGUUAUGGAGCCAGAUCUCAUAUUGCAUCCAAUUCUCGAGCGUGCGGAGCCCGCUCUCGAAGCUCUAGUCGAGACGCACCGCACUACCGCAGUCAUCAAGGCUCUUGGCGCAGUUGCCCCUGCGAUGGUCUGCCGUGACGUGUACUAUCCCGGCGCGAAGCAUCUCCUACCGAUCUUGGAGCUUUUGCUCCCUGGUAUCGAUCUGAAUGAUCCUCCCAAGACGUUCUGUACUACUUCCUUUGUCUCCGAGGUCGCGCAGUACAUCAAGUUCGGUGAAUUGUUUGCUAAGACUGAGCAGCCCAUUGGAGACGGAACAGAGCCGAUCCCAACUCCCCCAAGCGACGCACCCGCAAUUGAGUUUGAGCGCUUCCCGGAUGGUGUAGAAGCUUGGUCGGACGACAACCUAACACAGGAAGAGGAAGAUGCAAUCUUGAGGGACAGCUCGGGUACCGUGGCAGAUUGGGUCGCGGCGUUCCUCCGUCGCGUGAUUCUACUAUUUGAGAAUCUCCCCGAGGAGGGUCCCAACGGAGCCGCUGGUGGCGCCACCGAAGUGCAACUCGUGGAUGCCGUUUCUGGCGCCUUCAGCCAGAUAUGUGUGCACCUAUCGGAGCCGUUGUACGACAUGGUACUCAGCCUAGUGUACGACUACGCGACGCAAAACGUCCGAUCGAAUGCCGUACGGGCGAUCCACCAGCUCGUCGAGUGUGUGGCCAACGCCAAUCCUCAGAAGACGUUAGACCGCUUCCUGCCCAUCUGCGACCAGAGAAUCCGGACGGAACUCGACCACGGCGCUAGUUCGCUGAGAAUAACGUCAGGGGGUUCCACGCCACUGCCCUCAGACGCUACGUUGCAUUGGAACCUUGCGAUUCUCAGGGGUGCCAUGUACAAUGAUGGCCGCGUGACAUUGAAGUACCGUGACCGGCUCAUCUCGCUGUUCAAGAUCUUGCAUGAGAAAACGUUCUCCAAGCGUGGCUAUUCGUCGAGUGGGAAGUUGAUCUCGAGCACCUUGCUGACGCUGAGCCAUACCUAUCCUCUCGAGAACAAAUUCGUCAACCCUGACGAAUGGCAUUCGCAAGACUUCAAGUCAAAUCACCAUAAGUACUGGGGGAAGUUGUAUAAACCGGAAGAUGUGAAGCUCACGUGGCAUGUCCCCUCGAAGGAAGAGAUUGAGUUCGUUUUACAAAUCUUCCGCGAGUUUGUCGAGCCCAUCCUCGGCUCUCUGAAUAGUCUUCUCGAACCAGGCAUUGUUCGCGAUGAGAUCUGGCGGAACGACUUCUGCAGGCACCUGAGCUUCGUUCGCAACGCGUUUUCUGGUAUUCCGACUCUCGCGAGAGAGGUCAUACCUCCCGAAGAGCAAUGGUCGGCCAUGGAAACGAGUGACAUCCUACUCGAGAUUCCUGAAAUGAUCGCUUGCAUAGAACCGCUCAACUCGGGCUUCGCUCUUCCCGAUCCAAGCGAUCCUCGACACCAGUACAUCACCGGUUUGCGCCGCAAGUUUGGGGAGUUCCUGCACAAAGCCUCGGUCUCUCUGCAGCAACAAGGCGAAGAGAACACGGUGGACGCGGUACAUGGGCUAAUCCGCUCUAUUCGGACGUAUCUUUUGGAAUAUGGCGACAGUAGAGACAGCUAUUACCUGCAGGCUGAUCGGUACCAGAAUGAACUCAAUAUCGCACGUCACUACGCGGGUCAGAAGGAGUGGCCCAGAGCACUCUAUGUCCGACGAGCAAGGCUUUACAAUGCGGCGCGUCUUCGAUGGAAUUCUAUCGAGCGACGGCGAGGCCCUUUGGAGGAUAGCCUGAUCGACGACGUCACACAAUGGUCGAUGUGGAGCUUCAUAACCGUACGAGAGUCGAGUCAGUCUCUCCUCGAGAGUCUUUGCAACAGUUUUGACGGAGUCAGGCGACGCUGUCUUCCGGCCUUGUACAAGGCGCUAGAGCCAGGGACCGAGGAUGACCGCAUGAAGGGUGCUCUGUGGACAUUGAAUAUGUCGACUCUGGCGAAGUACGCUAUCGGCGAGCCCACGCUGGCCACAGAAUUCAUUCAGAAGCUAUUCGCUUGCCAGCAUAAUGAGAAAUCUUCGAUUCAAGACUGCGUCGCGUCCCUGGCGGAGACAUGUCUCAGCAAUUUCGGAGAGCCAAACCAUGUGGUUUACCAAGUAGAGAACCAAGACUUAGCAGAUGCGCUUCGUGACUUGCGAUCGUUGGUGGGACAAGCUGGUUCCUCCAAGGAUGAGCUGCUGGCCAGGUGUAGAACGCAGCGCAUAGAGCGGAUCGCCAUAACGGACAAAGCUAUCUCUCAGACUACGGAUGCCGUCCUGACAAUCGCGAACGAUGAACGUACUCACUGGAGAUACGCUAUAGUCGCUGUCCGCUGCCUGCGCUCUUUGAUACGAAGGGACGUGCCGCUUAAGCCUUCUCAUGUCAAGUUGCUGUUUGGCAAGAGUCACGACUCGAACGCCAGUAUGCGAUACUACGCGCAGCGGGGUAUCAUGAAGAUAUCUCGUUAUGUCAAGCUUCGCACUCUUGCCGGUGGAGCUGUGGAUCUUGCCUUGGAGCGGAACCAUAAUCCAUUGAGGAGAAAGGUACCAGUACAAGAACCCACCCGAGAACUUUUCGAUAGUCUACUGGAAGAGUACAAGACCCCGUUAGAUCUGGAGCGAGCUCGUCAAGAACCACUGCUCCGAGACAAGCUUGAUUCGGGGUGGCUUGUCUUCGGCAAGACACUGGACCGUUUCUUGGCUCCAGACUCGACGAUAUCUCCUUUCCCAGCGUGGGAUUUAAGCAACCAAGAAGUUGUUUCGACAAUCAGGACUAUCUCCACGGAUCCGACGUUCUGGAAGAACCUGUCGACACACUACUCUGCGGAAAACAACACGGACGUGGUCAUGCAGGACAACUUAUGCGUCGUCAAGUCCAUAUUCCAAUUGCUUGGCGAUGAACCUUUCGAGGCGCUACGACCCACGCUCGAGGAGUUGCUCGCGAACAAGGACAAGAACAAACAGCGUGCCGCUGCUGAGUUCAUCGCGGGUAUCCUUAUCGGUUCGAAGCACUGGCCGACUGAUUCGCAAGUGAAGUUCUGGGAGUGGUUCGUGCCCCACGUGAAGAACGUCUUCAACCAGAAGAGCAACGAGACGUUGUCCGUUUGGUCGUCGUUCUUCGAGCAUGUGUUCUACAACAAGGACCCGCGUCGGAUGCAGCCUCUUGCAGACAAGAUCAUGGAAUCGUUCCAGUCCGUGGACUUCAAGGGCGAGUCUACGUUUGAGAUUGUGCAGGUCCUGUGCUUCUUCCGGGCGUUCUACGAACAGCUGGGGAUCAAGUUCACGCCCUGGGUCGAAGACGCUCUGGACCGGUGCUGGGCCGAGCUCAAGUGCGAUCACGAAGAGGUUCUGGCGUACUUGAGCGAGAUCCUGGCCUUCACGGAGAAGAUCAUGUGGCGGCCGAACAUUUCUCUGUUGACUGCGGAGACGUUUGUGCGCGAGUGCCGGACGCUGCCUGCUAGUGCGGAUCUGCUGGGCAUCCGAGGGACGUUCCAUGAGGGACGAGUGGCGGACCUUGUGAAGCGGUUCCCGAUCUGGCGCGCGGAGAGACUGCCUGGCGUGCGGGCGUUUCAAUCGACGUAUGAUCGCGUCGGCAUCCUCGUCUGCAAGUGGCUUUUCCAGAUGGUCCAUGACGUCAACGCCACCUCGGCGUUCGACUACAUCCUGCCGCUCAUGCCCGAGCUCGUCCGCUUCACCGAGGUCAACGACAACGACGAGCUCGCCUACCGCGCCAAGCUCCUCAUGGUGCGCAUGUGUGGCGUCAUCGUCCCUCGCCAACACAUCAACCCUCUCUUGGACGAGUUCUUCUCCGCCAUCCAGACCUUCCCCUCCUGGAAAGUCCGCCUGAAGAUCAUUCCGCUUGUGCAAGUGUUCUACUUCCGCCAGUCCUUCCUGAUCAGCGACGCGAGACUGGUCCAGAUGAUGGAGGUCAUCUGCAGAUGUCUCGAUGACGAGAUCGUCGAGGUGCGCGAGAUGGCCGCAACCACACUCUCAGGCAUUCUGCGCUUGUCCCCUCGCAGGAGUGUCCUCGCCCUCAAGGACCGCUUCGUCCGUCUCAUCAAGAUCAGCAAGCUUCCCGAGGACAAGAAAUCUCCGGCAUACCAUACCGCCAUGCGUCAGCUGCACGCCGCUAUCCUCGGUGUCUGCGCCCUCAUCGAAAGCUACCCGUACACUAUCGAGCGCUGGAUGCCCGAGCUGUUGACGAAUAUCCUUGCGGAGCAUACUUACGACCCGAUACCCAUCUCUACGACGGUGCGAAAAUGCGCUAGUACGUUCCGGAAGACGCACCAAGACACCUGGCACGAAGAUUCGAAGAAGUUCACCGAAGAGCAAUUAGCCGCACUCUCAACCCUCUUGUCUGGCUCGUCGUACUGUAUGUCUUUCAUCAUGAUGCCUAAUGUAGAGAAGCAAUUGCAUAGAUAA